GCCUCACCAUUCUGAUGCCCGGGUACGGUUUCAAACUUUUGUUUGGCACGAAGUUUUGCUGUGCUUUCCUUCACCACUAUGACUAGACUUUUCUUUGGCAGACAAGUUUCGCUUUGUUCAAAGAUUUGUUGAGAUGCCUCUACCUCACUAAAGUUAUAUAGGACACAAGCGGCUUUAGUAGUUUAGUGCCACUGGAGCUACGAAACACACCUCUCUCUCUCUCUCUCUCUCUCUCUCUCUCUCUCUCUCUCUCUGUUAUCUAACUCAGCUGCAGCGCCUACUUCUACCUUCUGUGGAUCUGCAUCCUGAUUCCUGAACCCAGAAGUUCUGUGAUUUUUAGAGUCAAAUGCAGUGCCAUGUCUCGAGUUAUGGAGUAGGAGAAAGAAGCUGUCUGAUCUGAAAUUAAAGUGAGUGCUGUACAUACCAGACGUCUGGUUGCUGUUACUCUGAUUUUCUGGAGCCCUUGUUUCAUUCACAGGGACUUCACAAGAGAGUUUAUGAAAUAUGACCGGACUAGAGGCUGCCUUAGCAUCUGGACUGUUGAAGGUCACAGGCAGCAAGUUAUUUCCACUGAUUGCCAGUGAAUUUGCCUCCAUAAUGGGUGUAACAAAAGAUCUCUCUGAGCUCCAGGAUAUACUUGCAGAGAUUACUAGCUGGCUGUUCACAGUUCGUGACAGAAUAGAGAGUGAGCCAUCCUGUCGAUGGGUUUUAAAAUUGAAAAAUGUUGCUUAUGAUAUUGAUGAUUUACUGAAUGAAGUCUUGAUAGAGGAGGAGAAACACAAGAUGGGCAUCAAUGGCGAUAACUGUUCUAGAGCUGAUUAUUUCUGUGCAAAACCAAAGUCGUUUCUAUUCCGAUGCAAGAUGGCCCAUAAGAUCAAGGCAAUUAAACAUAGAUUCUCUGAGAUUGUAAGGCAAAGAAGCGAUGUCAGCACUAUACUGAAUAAUUUGCCUUCUUAUCAGCAUUUUCCAAGUAAAAAGAGGGCAAAUGGGGAGAUGUCUUUGUUGUGCAAUGUUGAACAAUCGAGAAUACCCAUAAGGAAUCUGGAGAAGGAUGGCAUCAUAAAAAAGCUUAUAGAAUCUAAUGAAGGAGAGAAUGUCUGGAUAGUUUCUAUUGUUGGGUUAGGUGGGUCUGGCAAAACUACACUGGCCAAACAAAUCUGCCAUGAUGUCAAGAUAAAGCAGCACUUCAAAUCUACAAUAUUUUGGGUUCAUGUGUCUGAAGAAUUUGAUGUGAAAGAGCUUAUCGGGAAGCUUUUUGAAACUAUCCUUGAGCAAAAAUCAGAUCUCCAUGCCCAACAACACAUGGUCGAUGCAAUUUCAAGCAAAUUGAGAGGCAAGAAAUUUCUUCUUGUCCUGGAUGAUGCUUGGCAUGAUGACCGGCUUGACUGGGAACAAUUCAUGGUUCAUGUGAACUUUGGAGCACCUGGAAGCAAGAUUCUGCUAACUACUCGUGACGAAAAGGUUGCUGAAGCAGCAAAAUCUAGGAAUAUAUUCAGCCUGGCGUUCUUGUCAGAGGUCGAGAGUUGGAACUUGUUUCUAGAGAGUUCUGGGUUGGUGGAGGAUGAUUUGGAAUAUGAGUUUAUGCAGGUUGGAAAAGAAAUUGUGAAUAAAUGUGGCGGGGUGCCGCUAGCAAUCAGAACUCUAGGUUGUGUCCUCUAUGACAAGAGGAAAAUAAACACUUGGAGGGCCAUAAGAGCAAGUAACUUAUGGAAUGUUGAUAGUAUAAAAGAUAGAGUGUUUGCAUCAUUGAAAUUGAGCUACAUUCACUUGCCAGAUCAUCUGAAGCAGUGUUUUACAUUUUGCUCUAUAUUUCCAAAAGGCUAUGAAAUCACGAAAGACCACUUGAUUGCCCAAUGGAUAGCCCAUGGAUUCAUUAAUGCAAUGAAUGAAGAGCUGCCAGAAGAUAUUGGAAGUGCUUACUUUGAUUCUCUUACGAAACUCUGCUUUCUUCAAGAUGCACCAAGAAAAAUCUUCACUUGUCAACUAGUAUACAAGAUGCACGACCUGAUUCAUGAUCUCACUCGGCAAAUUUUACAGCACGAAAUGGUGACAUCUCUACAGAAGAAUAUAACACCAAACUGUAUUCUCAGAUGCCGAUAUUUAUCUUUGACUUCAACUACCGAGAAGGUUUCCAGUAACCUAUUUGACAAGGCCCAUGCUCUCUAUGUCUCUGGUGGUAACAUAUCUUUUGAAAAACCAAUGAAGAAGUGUUGCAACAUCCGUAGUGUUGUUCUGGACUAUACAAGUGAUACCCCAUUUCCACUAUUCAUACUAAAGUUUCAAUUUCUUGGUUACCUAAAGAUAUGUAAUGUUAAUUGCACGGAAUUUCCAGAAGCUAUCUCAAGCUGUUGGAACUUGCAGGCACUUCAUAUUAUGCAGUGCAAAGGCUUUUCAAUGUUACCUGAGUCUAUUGGCAAGCUUAAGAAGCUGAGAACUCUAGAGUUGUUGAUGGUUACUGACAUUAGGAGUCUACCACAAUCUAUUGGUGAUUGUCAAGACCUGCGAUCUUUGCAGAUAUAUUACUGUAACACACUCAUUGAGAUACCCAGUUCCAUAGGUAAGAUUGAAAAGUUAAAUGUGCUUGGUAUUGUCAAUUGUGUGUGUUUGAACAACCAGCUGCAAAACUUUACUUGGGAACCUAGAAAUCUGGAUACAGUUAAUUUAUCGGGUUGUCAUAACCUCAGAGAUCUUCCAAGUGCCUUUUCUUGUCGUACAUUGCGCACUAUGGAUCUUUCUCGAACCGACAUCACCUUACUUCCUCAAUGGGUCACAUUAAUUAGUACUCUGGAAUGCAUAAAGCUUGAAUAUUGCACGAAGUUAGUGGAGUUGCCCAAAGACAUAACAAACUUAAGAAGGCUCGAAGUAUUGUACCUAAAUGGUUGCUCAAAACUCCGUUGCAUGCCAUCAGGGUUUGGUCAGCUGACUCGUUUGAGAUGGCUUGGCCUGUUUGUUGUGGGAUGUGAUGGAGAUGCUGCAAGAAUAUCAGAGCUUGAAAAUCUUGAUAUGAUUAGUGGUUGGCUGAGAAUUUGUAACCUCAAAUAUCUAAAGGAUCUAGGUGAUGCUAAGAAAGCUUGCUUGAAGAAGAAGCAUAACAUACAUUCACUGACAUUGAAUUGGUCUCGAUAUGAAACGGAAGAAGAAUUAGUGUCAGAUAUUGAAGAAGACCUGAGCGUGCUGGACUCUCUUGAACCACCAUCAGGAAUUGAGUUCUUACAAGUUAUUGGUUAUCUGGGUCCCCAUUUGCCUUGUUGGAUGAGGAAGCAAAGUGAUUCUUCUUGUUCUGGAUCCAUUAUGACAAAUCAAACCAGCUCACCAAAAUUCCUUUGGCUAACCGAACUAUCACUGGAACUGUUGCUGAACUUGAAGUCUCUGCAAGGUCUUGUGGAGUUGCCGUCAUUGUGGGCUUUAUCGUUGAUCGGAAUGCCUAAUUUGGAAGAGCUGUGGAUUACAGAUGGUUUGGAAAUUGGUGACGAACAGGUGGGAGUCAAGUACUGUUUCCCUGUGCUGACCAAUCUACAUAUAGAGCGCUGCCCAAAAUUGUUUGUGAAGCCCUGGUUGCCACCAGGUUUGGAGAUAUUGACAUUCGAAGAAAGCAAUGAACAGCUGCUGUCCCCAGGUAGUUUAUUCUCCUGUCAGCCUACACCUCCAGUCUCGUCUUCCUGCAGCGCGCUCGUGACAGUUCCUAUGCUCAAGGAGCUGAGGCUACACAGAGUGACAGGCUCAGCGCCGGUUUGGGAGGUUUUACAGCACUUGACCUCCCUCCAGCUGCUGCACAUCACGAGAUGUUCUACUCUUUGCAAGCUGCCUGAGGGGAUCCAGCACCUGACCUCCCUUCAACAGCUCGCGUUGGCAGAAUGUUCUGCCCUUGAAUCCCUGCCCCAGUCCAUAAAACGUCUUACAGCCCUGAAGAAAUUGUUCGUUUCUGGCUGCCGUGGCUUGACCGAGCGUUGUGAGGAAGGAGUGGGGGAUGACUGGCACCUUAUCUCCCAUAUUCCUGAUGUGAUGGUAGAUGAUAUAGAGCUUCUACUCCAACGUCACAGAGCAUGUGCAUCUGCUACCUCUUGAGUUAGGUGGUUUGGGACUGUGGGUAAUUCUACGCCAUCUCUUAGCACUCUUUUACAGAACCAAAUUUACAGAUCUCACAGCCCUUCGACUUUUCAAAUUGGCAGAAUGUGAUGCAUUGACAUUGCCUCCAGAAUCCAGAGGGGAUCGGACAACUGUCUGCACUUCGAUCACUCCGUAUCAGCGAAUGUUCUGCCCUUAAAUCCCUGCCCAGUCCAUAAAACGUCUUACAGCCCUGCAGAAAUUGUUCCUUUUUUGGCUGCCGUGGUUUGACCAGGCGUUAUGACGGAGUGGGAGAUGACUGGCACCUUAUCUCCUGUUGGGCUCUAUGUGUGUGUAUAUUGGGCCCAGCCCAUGUAUAGUGUAUUGUGUGUGUAUAUAUAUAUACAAGUGCUAUUCUACACCCUAGGUGUAGAAUACUAUUCUACACCCUAGGUGUAGAAUACUAUUCUACACCAAACUAUUGUACUGAACAAAAUUUAAUAUUGUUCAGUACUUGUAUUUCAGUAUUUUUCAGUAUUUCAGGGUCCUGGGUGUAGUCAUGAAUGAUCUCAAAUUUGACUUGCGGUGUAGAAUAGCGCUACCGUGUAUAUAUAUAUAUAU